AUGUAUUGGAAGAGUGAGCAGAUGUUUUUAUGUAAACUGAAAGACAAGGAUAUUCCUGCUCUUGGUGUCUCAUCUGAAAAGUUUUCUACUCUCAUGUCUGAAGAUUGUGGGGGAGCUCCUUUGGCAAUGGGGAGGAGCCGAAAAAGUGAAGGGACCCUGGGGAGUCCUGGUGCAGUACUAGAUGAUGACUCCUGUUCUUCAUCAUCUCCUCUGUCUCCUGCAUCUUCAUCCUCACCUCAUUCAAUGCCAACAUCUGGUAUCACCCAGGGAAAAACAAUGUGUAGCAGUUGUGGCAUGGAAAUCUUAGAUAAAUACCUUCUCAAGGUAAAUGAUUUGUGUUGGCAUGUCCGCUGCCUGUCCUGUAGUGUAUGCCGGACAUCACUGGGAAGGCAUACAAGCUGCUACAUCAAAGAUAAAGACAUAUUCUGCAAACUUGAUUAUUUCAGACGGUAUGGAACACGCUGUUCUCGGUGUGGUCGGCACAUCCACUCCACAGAUUGGGUCAGAAGAGCGAAGGGAAAUGUAUAUCACUUGGCUUGCUUUGCGUGCUAUUCUUGCAAGAGACAGCUCUCCACAGGAGAGGAAUUUGCUUUGGUGGAAGAAAAAGUUCUAUGCCGAGUACAUUAUGACUGUAUGCUAGAUAACCUAAAGAGAGCAGUAGAAAAUGGGAAUCGUGUUAGUGUAGAAGGAGCUUUGUUGACUGAGCAGGAUAUUAAUCAACCCAAGCCAGCGAAAAGAGCUCGCACGAGUUUCACAGCUGACCAACUCCAAGUUAUGCAAGCACAGUUUGCACAAGAUAACAACCCAGAUGCACAAACCCUACAGAAAUUGUCAGAAAGGACAGGCCUCAGCAGACGUGUAAUACAGGUUUGGUUUCAGAACUGUAGAGCACGUCAUAAGAAACAUGUUAGUCCCAAUCAUUCGUCAACCGCUCCAAUUACGGCUGUUCAAUCCUCUAGGCUGUCACCACCAAUGUUAGACGAUAUGACUUAUUCUGCAUACGUACCUCAGGAUGGGUCAAUGUUGACCGCUUUACAUAGUUAUAUGGAUGUGCAUUCUCCAUCAGCCCUUGGUCUUCAGUCGUUGCUGCCUCACACUAUGACACAAUUGCCCAUAAGUCAUGCAUAA